UUCUCGAUAGCCUCACAUCCCGGAAGUUUUACCAAAUGAAAACAUAUUUCUUUUCCCCGUCUUGCCGACAGCGUCUUGCGUAAAGUGGGUUAAGUGUCAUAAGUUGCAUUGUUUUAUUUAGAUAUGUCUGUUAAACGGUCUCAAUGAAGAAGCUGCGCAGAAAACAGUGAAAGUCCGGCGAAAAGGGCGAUAGUUUACUAAUCCGUCCGCCCAUACGUCGCAGCAAAGGAGACAAGCUCGGUGAAAGCUCGCCUCGAGAAUUGAUAAAGUCUAUGAAACGGUGAAUCAUGAGACUGACAGGCCCCCUGCGAGGUGUGGUGGUACUGCUCUUGGUGGGCUUCACCUGGCUGCUCGCCAGCGCCUUAUUCGGAGGAGAGGGCAGCUUAUCUGUGCGAAACAUCUUCACGGGCUCCAAAGAGGAACCGACCCAGUCUGAAUUGCGUCCGCGGAGGUACAAAUGUGGACUUUCAGCCCCCUGUCCUCCAAAGCAUUUAGCUUUCCGUCUAGUGUCUGGAGCUGCAAACGUCAUUGGCCCAAAAAUCUGCUUGGAAGAUAAAAUGUUGAUGAGCAGCGUGAAGAACAACGUUGGCAGAGGACUCAAUAUCGCUUUGGUGAACGGGGUGACAGGCGAGCUAUUGGAGACAAAAACCUUUGAUAUGUGGGCAGGAGAUGUGUCCAGCUUACUGAAGUUUCUACGGCCCCUUCAUGAGGGAACCCUCGUGUUUGUUGCUUCAUUUGAUGACGCUGCUACAAAGAUGAAUGAAGAGUCCAGACGACUGUUUGAGGAGCUCGGCAGCACAGCUGUGAAGGAGCUGGCCUUUAGAGACAGCUGGGUGUUUGUUGGAGCCAAGGGCAUAGAGAAUAAGAGCCCCUUUGAGCAGAAAUACAGCUUGCGGAUGAAGAACAGUAAGAGCAGCAACAAGUAUGAAGGCUGGCCCGAGUCCCUAGAGAUGGAUGGCUGUAUUCCCCUGCGGCCACCCCUCGAAGGUUAAUUCAGCUCUGACUAGUCUCUCAGACGUCACUGUGACGCCUGAAGUCCCAGCGGAGAAAAACGCAGUGACUGUUCAAAGGCGGAGGAGCUUCUAAAUACCUGAAACUCUUAGAAGGAUCCACAGGUACUAUUUUGUUUUACCUGCUUUGGAAAAAAGACGUAACUGAAUGUGCAGAUUAUUUUUGAGCUGGAAUCAGGUUGUACAGGAUUUCCGACUAAGCUUCCUUAGCGGUUUUUAAGCUGAAGGAAUGUUCUAGAAAAAAAGAUGUAUGCCAUGGUUAGCAAAAAUACCAUUAUGUCAUUUUUUUGAUGGCCAAAGUGUAACUAUGACUGAUUGUGAAGCUUUAUUGAAACUUUUUAAAGCCUUUAAAGAUAUUUAAAAACUGCCCCUAAAGAGUGAAUUCUGGGUUUAAUUAACAAAACUCAGCUGACACUUUAGGAUGAAAAAAAUAUCAGGUUUCUAAUCAACAGUAGAAACGACCUGGAGGUACACAAUAUUUACCAUGGCUGCUGCAGAUAG